GCACAAGCUGUUUAGCCACCGAGUGCGCACACACAGCUCAAUCGUAACUCGUAAUCCAGGCCACAACAAGCUCUCAAUUAACAAUGAGGUGCCUCUCCGUGUUGGCGCUGGUCCUUGCCUUGGCCGCGGCGGCGCGGCUGGUGGAGGGCGCGGGCGAGUGCGGCGCGACUCCAGCGGACCAGAUGGCCCUGAAGCUGGCUCCGUGCCUGACGGCGGCCAAGGACCCGGAGGCCUCGCCGUCGAAAAGCUGCUGCGCGGCGGUGGUGGACAUCUGGGGGCACAGCACCGAGUGCCUCUGCGCCGUGCUGCUGUCCAACACCUUGAAGCGCUUCGGUGUCAAGGUAGAGGUGGCCAUCACCAUCCCCAAGCGCUGCAACAUCGCCAACCGCCCCAUCGGCUACAAGUGCGGCGAUUACACCUUGCCCAGCCUGCAGGACUGACGGGGUUACCUGCAGGAUCUGGCACGUACAUCUGGCACCGAAAGGAAGCAAGGAAUAAGGCUUGACUAGCUAGCAAAGUAACUUCGCGUGCAUGCUCGAGACAAUAGUAUGGAGAAAUGAUGUUCUUCAGUAGCUGCGUAAUUUGUGGUGUCGAUAGAGGAAUUGCAAAGAUGUUGAUCAAAACUAUAGAUGAAAAUGUCAAAUAUGAUCAACAGUUCGUAAUAUAUCGAAGUUAAUUAAUCAAUUGCUUA